AUGAAAGCAAAUCGUGUUGAUAGAAUCAGUAACUUGUCGAAUUCCCUUCUAAGUCGCAUCCUAUCGUCGCUUGUCAUCAAAGAUCGUGGAGUUAAGGAUUCGGAUUUGCUUUUUGUUCCCAUGUUGCCUGCUCUACUUUUUACCAGCAAGACACUGGUGAGAUUGAACCUAAACGUCCCAUAUAUAACGAGUGUUCCGAUUCAUGUUUGCUUGCCUAGCCUCAAGACCUUGGAGCUUCAAGAAAUUAAAUUUAAAGAUGACGAUUCAAUCAAGAGGCUCAUUUCAAGUUGUCCAGUACUUGAAGACAAUCAUCUUUACCCGGAACAUGGGAAAUAA